UCAUGGACCUCAGGUCCGUUAGGGUUCUGUUUUCGCUCUGGCUCGCAACCCGCGCGGCUGUACCCAAAAUAUUGGCGCGCAUCGACGAAUUCGAAAAUGGAAGGAUAAAAACUUAUCGCGCUCGAUCUUUCUUUGCCUUCUCCGUGGCAGCCAAUUGACGCCUUCGGCUCGCUCCUCCUUUGCGGUGUGCGUUCGGAUUUUUGGAUCUCAGGAUUUGAUUUCUCGUAUAACACUGGUAGUUUCGAGCUUUUGAUCCUUGGUCGCAGGUGAGGCAGACUGGGUUUGCGCUAACGCUCUUUCUUAUUGAAUCACUGGAAUCAGUGGUGAAGCAUACUUAUAUUUCUAAGUUAGAUUUGCAUUCUAUCACUUGUAAGCCAUGGCGUUCAAGCAAAAACAGAAAGUGAAAGUGAAGACAAAUAAAAACAAGUACCUAAAACCUGGUGCACUUGCACAAAUGCGUUCCAACAAGAUGUCAAACAAGUUGUGUACUGACAUAGGAAAGAAGAGGAUUGUACUGGAGACAGAGAUGGCGAAGAUUAAUCUACUUACUCUGGCUGAUGUUAUUCAAAGUGAUGUGCUAAUGACCUCUCCAAACAGAGUUCUAUCUCAGUCAAUGAUAACCGAAGUUAAACUGCGAAAACUUCCAGCAACACCUAAAACACCACAAAGUGUUGAGUUUGAAAGCAAAUCAAGGCUUGAAUCUCUUCCUAUGGAUAUCCUGAUCAAAAUCCUUUGCCACUUGCAUCAUGAUCAACUAAGAGCUGUUUUCCAUGUUUCCCAGCGAAUUCGAGCUGCGGUUAUUGCAGCCAGACAGUAUCACUUCAACUACACAACUCCAGACAGGUCACGGCAGGAAAUGCUUAACGCCAAGACUCCAGUGCCAACUGAACAUUGGCCCUUCGCAAACAAGGCUGAAGGGAAAAGAAUUUGGGGAUCCAUCCCACAUACACCAAAAGCUCCAAAGCAUGGUGGCCCACGAUCUCGCCUUCACCUGCUGGACAUAAAGCAGAUUGCAGCUGUUCUAUUCCCAGAGUCCACAUUACCUCAACCAAACAUAGCGCCACCAGGCUUGCCAAAGCCUGUUCUCGAGCCUGUAUCUUCUACAAGGGUUCUGUUCUGCGAGGAUGAGCUCUGUCAGGCAGUGGCCCAGAAUAAGCUUCGUUGAAGUUGCAUGAUUCAUGUUCAUGUCUUUUUUGUUUUUUUUGGUUAUAGGUCCUUCACAUGUUAUGUAUAUUUUCUUCACACAUAGAGUGCAGAUAGUGAGGCCCUCUGAAAAAAAUAAUGUAAUACCAAUUGUUGUAUAUGGACCCUAUCAAUUUGUUCGGAUGGACCUUU